AUGAUCCCUACCAUAUUGACCACAACUUCUAUAUUUAUUAUUGCCUUCAUUGCUGCUACUCCAGUGGAUAUUAAUGAUAUUGGUGAACCUGUUUCUCGAUAUCUACUUUAUGGAAACGAUAUUAUUUCAGGUGCCAUUAUUCCUAAUUCUGAUAAAAUGCAUUUUUACCCAAUAUGGGAGGCAACAUUCGUUGAUGAAUGGUUAUAUAGUGGUGGUCCUUAUGACCUAAUUUUUCUACACUUCUUACUUGGUGUAGCUUGCUACAUGGGUCAGUGGGAGCUUAGUUUCCGUCGAGGCAUGCAAACUUGGAUUGUUGUUGCAUAUUCAGGUCUUAUUGCAGCUACGAUUGUUGUUUUCUUGAUCUGCUCAAUAGAUCAAGGAAGCUUUUCUGAUAGUACAUCUCUAGAAAUUUCUGGUACUUUAAACUUCAUGAUUGUAUUUCAAGUUGAGCACACCAUCCUUAUGCACCCAUUUCACUUUCUAGGCGUAGCUGGUGUAUUUGACGGCUCCCUAUUUAGUGUUAUGCAUGGUUCUUUGGUAACCUCUAGUUUGAUUAGGGAAAUUAUAGAAAAUGAAUAUGCUAAUGAAGGUGUCAUUAUUCCUACUUCUACAGCUAUAGGUUUGCAUUUUUACCCAAUAUGGGAAGCAACAUUCGUUGAUGAAUGGUUGUAUUGUGGUGGUCCUUAUGAACUAAUUUUUCUACACUUCGUACUUGGUGUAGCUUGCUACAUGGGUCAAUGGGAGCUUAGUAUCCGUCGGGGCAUGCAAACUUGGAUUGUUGUUGCAUAUUCAGGUCUUAUUGUAGCUACGAUUGUUGUUUUCUUGAUCUACUCAAUAGGUCAAAGAAGCUUUUCUGAUAGUCAAGGCCAUGUAAUUAAUACUUGGUUUGAGAUCAUUAAGCAUGCUAACCUUGGUAUUGAGGUUAUGCAUGAACGUAAUGCUCAUAAUUUCCCUCUAUACUUAGAUGUUAUCGAAGCUCAAUCUACAAACGGAUAA